CUCCGUCCCCUCUUCGCUCCUUCCCUUUCACGCGGCGUGAGAAUCGUAGGCUUGGAAGAGGGUCCCAGGGGUCAUCUAGACCAACCCCUUGCCGUGCACGGAUCCUGCCCGCAGCCUCCUCUGGGUGGGCUUCAACCACCAACCUUCUGGUUAACAGCCAGGAGGAGAACAAUUGUGGAGGUGCCUUGUCGCCUUGGGCAAGGCGAGUUGUUUGUUUUUUAAAACAGCUCAGCCUAUUUGUAUAUUUUUAUUUUGUGAAUAAUUUGCACACUGCUUGGUGGUUGUUGUUUUUUUAUAAAAAACAAAACAAAAACACACACACACACAACAAAAACACGUCCAACACACCUGAGUUUUUGUUCGCCCAGGCUGGUCCUGUUUACACACCUGCUUUAGCAUGUGUAACAGCCUCAGAGGGAAAUGUGCAUUACAGCGGCAUCCUUGAUUUGAUUUGACUUUGCAUUUUUAUGCUGCGAACCAUCCUGAGAUCAUCGGAUGAAGGGUGGUAGGCAAAUGGAACAAAUAAUAAAAGAAAAAGUAAUAAUAAUAAUAAUAACCACCCUGCAAUACUUUUAUUAUGGGGGAACGAAACAGUAGAGUGGUCAGCUCCAACCUUUCAGUGGAUGCUCCUUGUUGGCUGCGGAGGAGUGCAGAUUUUAGUUUAUGUACUUGUUUGAGGAAGGAUAGCUACCUUCAGUCUGCAACAGAGCAUUAGACACUUCAUCUCAGGGUUGCGGGUUCAGACCCCACAUUGGGCGAAACAUUCCUGCAUUGCAGGGAGUUGGAUUAGAUGGGCUUCAAUGCCCCUUCCAAAUCUACAAUUCUAUCAUUCUGUGAAAUAAUCCUAAACAUACUUACUAGGGGAGCAAAGCUAUAGGACUCGCCAUGCAGUCCUGUGCAUGGAGGUUGAGUUCUCUUACCCUCCCCUAAUCCCAGGAGAAGGCCACGACAAUCACAGUUUGCCAGAGGAAUGGAAAUACUUGCCUUUCCUCGCAUUGCCGGAUGGCGCUCACAACUAUCAAGAAGACACUGUGUUUUUUCACUUGCCACCAAGAAGCGGAGAUCGAAGUACAGUGUAUGGUGUCUCAUGCUACAGACAGAUUGAAGCUAAGGCCUUGAAAGUACGGCAAGCAGAUGUUACCCGAGAAACAGUACAGAAAAGUGUCUGUGUUCUAAGUCAGCUGCCUCUUUAUGGGCUGCUCCAGGCUAAGCUGCAGCUAAUUACACAUGCCUAUUUUGAAGAAAAAGACUUCUCACAAAUUUCAAUACUUAAGGAACUUUAUGAGCAUAUGAAUAGCUCUCUGGGAGGAAGCCCCCUGGAAGGAUCACAAGUUUAUCUUGGCCUGUCUCCACGAGAUCUUGUCCUUCAGUUUAGACACAAGGUCUUAAUACUUUUUAAGCUGAUUCUUCUAGAGAAAAAGGUUCUGUUUUAUAUCUCUCCAGUGAAUAGGCUUGUGGGAGCACUAAUGACUGUCUUAUCACUCUUUCCUGGUAUGAUAGAGCAUGGUCUCACUGACUGUUCACAGUACCGGCCAAGGAAGAGUGUUUCAGAGGAUGUCGGACAGCAGGAAGUCCCACCUCCUACAGAUUAUUAUGUCUCCUUGUCCACUGUGGCGCUUUCAAAUGAAAACGUGGAAACAGAUGCAGAAGGCCCAAAGUUGUCAGGAAACCAAGAACGGGAUACUGAGAAAGUAGAUGCACCUUUAUUUCAGACUGAGAACAAUCUCAAUGGAGCACACAUCUCCAGGGACAAUGGGCAGCAUUUGAAACCUCCCUCUCGCACUUCUCCAGAAUCAUCUGAAAGUGACUGGGAAACCUUGGAUCCUAAUAUCCUGGAGGACUCCAGUUUGAAAGAAGGAGAAGGUGAAAUCCCUGCAGGAGCAGCACAGACUGAAAUCCUUCCAAAGGAGCCUGCAGUCUCUGAAACCAUUCCCAUUACUGUGCAGCCUCAGCCUAACACAGGGCACGCCGUCUUUGUUCCUGGCCUUAUAUCAGGUUUGGAAGAAGAUCAGUAUGGCAUGCCCUUAGCUGUUUUCACUAAGGGAUACCUUUGCUUGCCGUACAUGGCGCUGCAACAACACCAUCUCCUGUCUGAUAUAACCAUUCGUGGGUUUGUUGCAGGAGCCACCAACAUCCUUUUCCGUCAGCAAAAGCAUCUAAGUGAUGCUAUUGUAGAGAUUGAGGAAGCUCUCGUUCAAGUCCAUGAUCCAGAGCUCAGGAAGGUUCUGAAUCCCACAACAGCUGACUUGAGGUUUGCAGACUUCUUGGUGAAGCACGUAACUGAGAACCGGGACGAUGUCUUCCUAGACGGCACUGGCUGGGAAGGAGGAGAUGAGUGGAUUCGAGCCCAGUUUGGCUCAUACCUCCAUGCGCUGCUUGCUGCUACUCUGCAGCCAGACAAUGAAAAAAUAUUAUCAGACUUUGGAACCACCUUUGUAGCAGCUUGGAAGAAUACACACAAUUACAGAGUGUGGAACAGCAAUAAACACCCAGCUCUCGCAGAGGUAAAUCCCAGUCACCCAUUCCAGGGCCAAUACUCGGUUUCAGAUGUAAAAUUAAGAUUGUCACAUUCUGUUCAGAAUAGUGAACGGGGCAAGAAGAUUGGAAAUGCCAUGGCUACAACCAGCCGGAAUGUUGUACAGACAGGAAGAGCCGUAGGUCAGUCAGUUGGAGGAGCUCUCACGAGUGCAAAAUCAGCCAUGUCCUCAUGGCUUUCUACUUUCACCCAGUCAACACAAAGCCUUGGGGAAUAACUGUUCUGCAGCGGACCAAGCCCUUACAUUCAUUUUGAGAAAGAGACCUGUGGUUUUGCUUUUAAAAACACGCCCAUGAAUUCAAGCAGCAUGAGGAUGAAGGAAUGGCCUUUAAAGCUGCAUCGCAGGAUGCCAUUGCAGUUUGCAUUAAUGCCUCUUUUUAAACAUCUGAGCCUUUGUAACAACAGUAGCAUAAAAGCCUUGUUGUAAGACGGACUUUAUUUUUCAAGGUGUGCUGUUCUUUGGAUGUUGAUAAUGAUUUAUGUAAAUUUUGUUGUAUUAACUCCAGCUGUCUAGACUUUUUCUUGGAAAAAAGAAAGAGUGGGGCUGACUAGGUUUGGAACAGAAAACUGACCUCUCACUUCCACCCUCCCAUACCAAAUGCAGAAGUAAGGUCUUUUCAUUUCAGUGGAACCAACUUGUGCAGACGGUUGCAGCCUAAUGUUGCAACCUUUUGCACCUGUGGGUGGAAAGAAGUGAAACAAAUACAGAUUAAAUGAGACGUGCACGCCCGGUUUAACACCUAAUACACCAUAAAUGACAGCUGAUCUGAACAGCUGUUGGCAGUUUUGCACCUGCUCAUUUCAACUUUCAGAAAUCUAGCUGCUAGCACUUAGGUUUUAAAAAGUUUGUUUUUAAAGGUCAUGGAUAAAAUGGAAAUUACCAUAGUUCUAAUACUGACUAAAAUACACAGGUUUACCAUAUUUUUGUUUCCUCUUUGGAAUUAUCACCCGAGAUACCUCUUAGCAGAAAAACAACUCUUGCAACUCUUGCUCACCAACUGCAAUUUCCUCGUUUUCAAGUUGUGUAAGUGAAUUUAGCUUUCAUCAUUCAGGUUCCCAUUUGCUUGUGUUGCACCCAACAGUGGCUGUUCGAAAACUUUCACUCGUGAAUACCUAUAACCAAAUAACCUACCUCUAUGGCACAGUUAAGACUCCAAAUGCAAGAGUCAGAAGUGCUUUCCCCCUUUCCUAGCUGUUUUAGGGUUUUCUAAUUUAAUGUGUAAGUUAGCAGACAUUUGAGAAAUGACUGUAAUGAGAUAUUACUUGGCUUUCUGCCAGCGAUAAGUUUUAUGGAUUGCAAUGUAGGCAGCCGUGAGAUUGCCUUGGACUUUUAAGUAAUUCAUCUUAGCGUAGGACAUUACACUAUGAAUGAUUUACCAAAAUAGAAGAAUUCCAGGGCUUCCCUUAGAUCAUAGUAUUUUUGCUUACAACAGCCAGUUCAAGUCCCUUCCCCUUCUUGGUUUUCUUCUCCAAACUUCAGUGAUUUAAAUGGAUGUGGAAUAUAGUGUUAAUUCGGGUGUGCUGUGGCUAGACUGCUUUACUUCAUAUCCUUUUAGGGAACAAAUAUUUUUUGAUGUAACAUUUUGCACCAAAGUUGUCACAGCAUACCCCAACCAGAAUUCCUGUAUUCCGGCCACAUCUCAAAGACCCAGUUUUCAGAGAUGGCUAUGGUUGCACUUCCAAGAUAGCUUUUCAUAUAAGCAGUUUGGGUUACUUCACCCAGCUUUCCUGUAGAUACUCUGUGCAGCUGUUUUCAUACCUGUUCCACAUACGCAUUAUGAAAAUUAAUGACCAAUUGUGGUAUGCUACCAGUACACAUGUGCAAUUUUCACACACCUGUGUAUUUUUCAUAGGUGCUGUACAAGGGAGGUUGUUAUGAAGUGGCAGGUGUCCUGCUAUAAUCCAUGUAUAUAGUACUGUUUGCAAGACACAUCUUAUGAUUUCAAGCUUACUCAUGAUAUCUGAAAUAAUAUAGCCAGCAUAAAAAACCCUUGUAUGUUUUCUUCUUCACUACUUUUCUCAAAUGAAUGAGUCCAUAAAUUAAGAGUUAUGGUUUUCUAACCACAGAAGUUGACUGCGCUCCUAAAGCAAACAUUUUACAAGGAUGCUGUGGCGUGGAGAUGUUACCCUUUUAUUGAAACUACAGAACUAGACAUGCCAUGGCAGUCAUUACACUGCUUUUUUUCUUGGGAGCUCCUUGGAAUUGUUACAUCAAGUUGUUGGUUUUCAUCCUUCCCUAAAAGGAGCACAAAUUAAUUGCCAAUUAAUCCACAGGCACCAUAACAAUGGAUCAGCAAAAUCCGUAGGGACAAGAUGGUAUGAAAAGCUGGUAAUUCUUUUAAAAUGUCUUCUUUAGCGAUUGCUUGUAGUACAUGACUAUACGCUGUACAAGUGUUUAUAGUAGCCAUCAUCUUGGAGUGACCAAUUUAUAUUUAUAAUUUUACUACAGGGAAAAAAUUUGCCAGUAGUUAAUUGUACAAGUCAAAUGCAGGAAUAAACUGUAAAACCUAUUAAAAAUGAUUACUGUGUGUACUGUAGUAGUUACAAUCACAUAAUUUGGAUUGAGCAGGUAGUCGUAAUAUACACUGAAAAAACUGGCAUGAGCACAUAGUGUAUUACAAAUGUGUGGGGUCACAUACAUAUCUUUGCAAAAGGGUAUUGAAAGACUAAAUUAGAUGGCGGUCUGUAAGAGAAAAUAAUUCAAAUUUAACAUGAAUAGCAUUUGUUUUCUAGCCACUGAUUGCAAAUUAAUUUAUUCUGGAAAACGUAAAAAGCAGUGCUGCUUGUAUUAUUGAAACAUCAGAUGUUGCGCAUUGAAGCACUCUUGCUUGAAGCACUUCACAUCAAGCAAGCACCAGCUAAAAUGCAAGCACUGUCAUUUACUCUAGUAUUGUAGUGACAAUUCUAAGCGGGGGGGGGGGGGGACUUAAAUCUUGCUGUUCCUGUAAUGCAGAGGUAGUCAAUGCGGUACCCUCCAGAUGUUGGAUUCACAUUAGCAUCAGCCAGCAUGGCUAGUAGGAAUGGUUAUGAGCUCAGUAUCAUCUAGGGCACACUCAUUGGCUACCCCUAUUUUCAGUUACGUUCUUUAAGGGCUGGUUAGUAACGCCUGCAAAUUCUACCCAAAAUAGGGCACAUGAUGUUGAUGUGACCUAAAGCCAAAUUAAGAACAUAAAGUGCUUCAAAUUCAAAUAAUACAUGUGCUGUUCUAUAGAAAAUGGCCAGAGCAUGUUAAAGUAAAAAAAAAAAACCCUUCCAAAUGUAGCAGCAGUGCCCAGCCCAAAGGAACCCCCACCCCACCCCGAGUUAUAUCUAACAGUAUGAUCUUAAUACUUGCUCCACAAGCAAGUAAAUGUUCAGGAUGCAACACCUUGGCUGGUGCCAACAUACUGCAUAGUGCAGUGCUUUAUGGCUACUGAAAGGGUAUUAUGCUGGUGUUUGAACAUUUUGUCCCACACAAGUGUGUUGAAUCAGGCUGCUAACUUGGUAUUUUGUAAGGCUGUUUUAUGUGCUGGUGCUUCCUAUUACAAACGUAUAUAUUUGCAUCAUGCACAGUAGAGAAACUGAUUUUUAUAUUUUUUUAAAUGUUACAAGUAUUUGGAUAUGUGUAUCAUAUUACAGUAUGAAAUAGACUAGAAAUACCUCUAUUCCAGUUUCUAUACCACUUAACAAAUCAAUAUCAAUCAUUCAAGGCUGGUUUUGAGACAUAAACCUGAAAUCAGUUAAUCAUGGUUUAAGUGAAAUGAAACCUAAGUUUAUUUCCGUAUGGUUUUUAAUGCUACCAGCCUGUUGGAAGAGGAGGGUUGGUAAAUAUUAGGUAUUUCAUCUAUCAUCAAUGUGUAAAAAAUAGGUUACUAUGUUCAAAAUACUAUUAAUGCUUCUGCUGUAUAUUUUGUUCUAAAGAAAAUAAAGAUUGUUCUUGUUUUGCUUGAAUGUAA